CCCCCCUCAAAGCCCUUUGCUUUGUCUCCAGCCAAAAGAGAGACGGAAACAUUCAGGGCAACUGGGAGAGAGAGAGAGAGAGAGUGAGAGAGAGAGAGAGAGAGUGAGAGAGAGAGGCUGGACAGACCUGAUUAUCCAUUGGAACGAAAACCGGACCUGAGUGUGUGAGAAUUCUGGCGGUGUGCGUGUGAGAUUAAUACCCGUGUGCUUGUGUAGUGGCAGCCAUGAGGACACCCUCGUUGGUAGUGCUGGUGUGUCUGAGCUUGGCAGGACUUGCCUGGGCGAGGAAAGGCCUGGAGUUCCCCCGCUAUGACGGCAAGGACCGAGUGUUGGACAUCGACAACAAGAACUACCGCAAAGCGUUGAAGAACCACCAGAUGCUCUGCCUGCUCUACCAUGCACCGGUGCCGGCCAGCAAGGAGCUGCAGAAACAGUUCCAAAUGACUGAGCUCGUGCUGGAGAUAGCUGCUCAGGUCUUACAGGAAAAGGACAUCGGAUUUGGAAUGGUUGACUCUGAGAAGGAUGCCAAGGUCGCUAAGAAACUAGGUCUACAAGAAGAGGGCAGUGUCUAUGUUUUUAAGGCGGACCGUGUGAUUGAGUAUGAUGGACUACUUUCUGCAGACACCCUUGUGGAGUUCCUGCUGGAUCUGUUGGAUGAUCCAGUCGAGGUCAUUGGCAAUGCUUUGGAGCUGCAGGCUUUUGACCGCAUGGAAGAGGACAUCAGACUAAUCGGCUACUUCAAGAGUCCGGAGUCGGAGCAUUUUCUGGCUUUCCAUGAAGCUGCUGAGCACUUCCAGCCUUUUAUCAAAUUUUUUGCCACCUUUGAGAAAUCUGUAGCAAAAGAGUUGACUCUCAAGAUGAAUGAAGUAGACUUCUAUGAGCCUUUCAUGGAGGAAGCAGUCACCAUUCCAGACAAACCCCACACUGAAGAGGAACUUGUGGCUUUUAUCACAGAGCACAGGAGAGCGACACUGAGAAAACUGAGAGCUGAGGACAUGUUCGAAACUUGGGAAGACGACUUGGACGGCUUCCACAUUAUAGCCUUUGCUGAAGAGGAGGACCCAGAUGGUUUUGAGUUCUUGGAGAUUCUGAAAGAAGUCGCACGAGACAAUACACAGAAUCCUAACUUGAGUAUUGUCUGGAUUGAUCCUGAUGACUUCCCUCUGUUACUUCCAUACUGGGAGAAGACAUUUAAAAUUGACCUCUUCAGACCUCAGAUCGGAAUAGUUAACGUCACAGAUGCGGACAGUGUGUGGAUGCAGAUAGAUAGCGAUGAGGAUUUGCCCUCUGCUGAUGAACUGGAGGACUGGAUAGAGGAUGUGCUCUCUGGGAAGGUCAACACUGAAGAUGAUGACGAUGACGAUGACGAUGAUGAUGAUGACGACGACGAUGACGAUGAUGAUGACGAUGACGAUGAUGAUGACGAUGACGAUGACGAUGACGACGAUGAUGAUGAUGAUGAUGACGAUGAUGAUGAUGAUGACGAUGAUGAUGACGAGUAACCUAUAAAGUUGAAUUCUGUGGAACCAAAACUUAAGCGGCUUUUACUCGCUCAGGGACAUCUAGAUCCUGUAUGAGCACCUUAAUACCGUAAUCGUUUUUGCACAUCUCAAUAAACGUCAAACUUUUGCUCUCAUAAAUGAACAGAACUCAGUGUAAAACUAUGGCAGCAUUAACUUAUUGGACAUAUAAAUAACUUAAUAAAUAACCUACUCAGACUGAAUUAAAAAUAUUCCAAAUUAAACACCAUGUUUCAUGGUUCUUUUAGAGCAGUAAAUAUUUUUCAUGUAAUUAAAGCAUAAAAAUCUUAGUGGAAUGAAAUGACAGAAAUUCUCUGUAUUGCCCACUGGUGUUCAGACCAUGUCCUGCUGCCAUUUUUCAAAGCUCCUAACUAUACCUACAUAAGACUACAGUAUGUGUUCACUCAUUCAUUCAUUCAUUCAUUCAUUCAUGUUCCUUAACUGCUUC